UCUGCAUCCACUCUCCAUCAUCCUCUCUUCCGGCUGGCUCAACCUUUUUCUUUUCUUCCUCAUCUCCCAUCUCUCUUACUCAUCAAAUUGGCGAGAAUACCCCCGGUGUAUGAGCACACAAACGCAAAUAGUGCUAAUGUUUGCAUUCAGGGACGGCAGCAGGCAGCGAGUCCGAGUGUAUCAUCAUCAUCAACAGCGAGGGGGGGAUGAGGUUGUGAAUAGCAACGCAUCCUUCCGCCGACUCAACCUGAGCCUCACACGUAGACGUGGACGCCGUGUGCCGUAUUUGCCCUCAGUGAUUGCACACGCGCGUGUGCGUUACACAGCACCGCCUGUAUGGCCGCGGUGGCGUAUGCGCCCAUCGAAUAGAACAAUCCUUUGAUUAUUGUUGUGGAAAAUGGCAUAGAGCUGAUCUCAUGAGAUAUAUUUACCUUUAGGUAAACAUGGGGGAUCCCACUCCGCAAGACAUGGCCAAGAUGAAGACGGAGCUUUCCCAGGCGUUGACAUCAUUAUCAGAGAAAGCCAAGAGUGCCAAAGACUUUCUGGUUCAUCUGAAGAACACUAUAGACCAAGUGCAGGAGAGUAGUGUUGAUUUUGAAGCUAGCCUUGUUGCAAAGUUUGAUGAACUCAUCAAUGUUGUUCAGAAACGAAGAGAUCAGCUAAUUCUACAGGUUCAUCGAGAGAAGGAGUUCAAGACGAAGAUGUUAAAGAACCACAUUGGGCAGUGCAGUGGGAAACUGAAGCAGACGACGGGACUCUUGGAGUACAGUAUAGAAGUGAUGAAGGAAGGCGAUCCCGCCGCUUUCCUCAUGGUCUCUGGAGCACUGGUCCAACGGGCGCAGAUGUCGGAGGAGUCCUGGGACAAGGAACUUCUCCUCCAGGCGAGGGUUGCACCCGAGUUUGACCUGACCCUAGAUAGCGCCUCCGCCAUUCAGUCAAUAGAGAGGCUCAACUUCAAAGAGAUGAAACGCAUGGAUAUGACCAAGGCUCCUGAAGCACCUAGUAUCAUCCCAUCAGACUGCAGUGCAGAGAAUAACAGUGUUACCAUCGCAUGGCAAGCUCACCCAUCUAGCUGGGUUGAGGGAUAUGUACUCGAGCUAGAUGAUGGCAAUAACGGAGAGUUCCGGGAGGUGUACUGCGGGCGUGAAACCAUGUGCACCGUUGACGGCCUGCACUUUGAUAGUACCUACCAUUCCCGUGUCAAGGCCUACAACCAUGCUGGCGAAGGGGAGUACAGUGAGACCAUCUGCCUCCAAACAGCAGAAGGAAUCACCUUGUUCCAUUCAAGAGUUUGUAUGUACACUGCCAGAAGUUACAUGGUUGCCUGGUUCCAUCCUGACCCUAGGACAGCCCACAAGGACAUCAUCUUCUCCAACGAAAACAUGACACUAACCUGCAACAACCAAGAUGACCGUGUCGUCCUGGGGAACGUCGGCUUCUCCAAGGGUGUCCACUACUGGGAGGUGACCAUCGACAGGUACGACAAUCAUCCAGACCCUGCCUUCGGCGUUGCGCGAUUGGACACGUCCAAGGACACCAUGCUCGGCAAGGACGACAAGUCGUGGUCAAUGUACAUCGACAGCAACCGUAGCUGGUUCAUCCACAACAACGCACACUCGGAUCGGUGUGAGGGUGGUAUUGGUGUGGGUUCCGUCGUUGGUGUGCUGCUCGACCUGGAGAAGCACGUCCUGUGCUUCUAUGUCAAUGACAAGGCUCAGGGUCCUGUUGCGUUCAAGGAUCUUAAGGGUAUCUUCUUCCCAGCAUUCAGCUUGAACCACAAUGUACAAGUCACUGUCCAUCCAGGAUUAGAGAUACCCACAGACUUUGAUUGAAAUUCCUAGACAAAUGUAUAAAUUUCUAUUUGUAAAAAGCAGAGUUAGUGCAGUUUUAUCGAUGAAAUGGUCAUUCGUGAUCAACGGAAGUGGCUUCGUGUGAUAACUUAUCUGUAAUUAUGUAGAAUACCUUCCGUUGGAGCAAAUAUGAGUUCAUUCCUGGCACAUGUUCAAUGCACCUUGUCUACACUUUCAAUAGAUAUUCAAUAUUGCAGUGGUUGAUUAUCUAGACUAAAUUCUUGUUGUACCU